ACUCGACAGCAGAUUAAGAGUUUGUCAAAGCAGUAUUUCUUGCACUUACUGGGCAGACUUCACUGAAGAAAAAUGGCAAGGAUAGAUUAUCCAUGGUCCGCCUCAGUUUCCUGAAUAAGAUGUGACGUCUGGAAGGAGAAGGGGGGGCCCUUUGAGAUCCCCUUGCUAUCUGCUGAUGAUGUGAAAGGCUGUGGCUGCUUCAGCACCACCCACUUCAUUUCCCCACAAUCAACAGGAAGACCGGAGGCCAGAGAAAGCAGCCACACUCUGCAGGAGAGGAAGGACGUGGAGGUCCAGCUCUGCACUCAGAACAAAAGAAAACAAUCAAGGCAAAGGAAUGAGUAAGAAUCAGAAAGAAGUGAAGAAAAUCCAGACAGUGUAUCUGCAGAACCUGGAAAAACUAAAUCAGGGGAUAAAGCCAGACAAGAAAAGUUGGAAAUCAAAGGAAGAAGACUUUGCUGCAGCAAUGGAAAAGCUGCGACAGCCUCCCAUAGCUGGAAAAGUAACCAAAAGCUCAGCACACAGAAUCAGCAGAGAUCUUACCUGCUCCAUCUGCUUGGAUCUUUUCAAGCAGCCGGUGUCCUUGCCCUGUGAUCACACCUUUUGCCAGGGGUGCAUUGAGGGCUACUGGACCGGCCCCCGGGGGCCCAUUCAGGGAGGCACAGGCUCCUGCCCUCAGUGCAGGAAGGUGUACCCCGGGCAAAGCUACAGGCCCAACCGCAUCGUUGCCAACAUAGUAGAGAGCUACUGUCAGGGUCUGGAGGAGAGCGGGACUGGACCUCGCCUGGCAGAUGUAGGCGUAACAGAGAGGGUUCCUGCUCCGGUCCCACGCUGCAGCAGACACAGAGAGGAGCUGAAGCUUUACUGUGAGGAGGACCAGGAGCUGGUGUGUCUGGUGUGUGGCCUCUCCCAGGAGCACAGGAAUCAUACCAUGGUGUGUGUACAGGAGGCUGAACAGAAGUACAGGGCGUCUCUGAACAGCUCCAUGGAUUCCCUUAAAGUUGAGCUUAACACAGCGCUGCAGUGCGACAGAGAAGCUGAGGACGAGGUUAAAAAGCUCAAGGAGCACACCGCUGACCUGAAGCAACGCAUUGAAGCCCAGUUCAGCGACCUGCACCAGUUCCUGUACCAGGAGGAGAAGCUGCUGCAGGUGAAGCUGAAGACGGAGGAGCGCAGAGAGCUGAUCCGACUGGACGAGCACAAGGCCCUGCUGUGUGUAGAGAUCUCUCGUCUGCAGAGAGCCGUCCACGAGAUAGAGGACAAACUAAAAGAGCAGGACCCCUUCACUCUGCUACGGAGCAUCAAAGUCCUGCUCCAGAGGCCUUCACUGAAGUUUGAGAAACCCACUUUUACACCGCCCAGUCUGUGCGAGGGUCGGUUUGCGGGGCCCCUGCAGUACAGAGUGUGGAAAUCGAUGAAAGGAAGCAUUUAUCCAGUUCCAGCAGCCAUCACAUUUAACUCCAGCACAGCCAACCCUUGGCUCAGUCUGACCUCCUCCCUCACCUGUGUUCGCUACCAGACCUUUAACCACACCGUGCAGGACAACCCCUCCAGGUUCAACGCUGCCCUGUCACUGCUUGGAAGCCAGGGAUUCACCCAUGGGCGCCACUACUGGGAGAUUGAAGUCUACAGCAGCACAGUCUGGACUGUGGGGGUGGCCCGGGAGUCAGUACCUAGAAAGGGAGUCAUCAAAGCCCUCCCAGCCAACGGCUUCUGGACUCUGUCCCUUUCUUAUGGGAUACAGUACAUGGCUGGCACUUCACCCCCAACAGUCCUGUCUCUGGAGGAGCCCCUGGCCAGGAUCGGAGUGUACCUGGAUUACAAGAGGGGCCUGGUGUCCUUUUACAACGCAGAGUGCAUGAUUCACCUCUACACCUUUAGGGAGACCUUCACUGAGACGCUGUACCCUUACUUCAACUUGGGCUUUCUGGAUAAAGUGCAUGAAAAUGAGCCUCUCAAAGUUUUCUUACCAAAAAUUUAGAAGCCUGUGACAAAAAUACAACUGAAAGGGGAACACAAGGGUGAAAGGUUACCAAACAUGUAAAAAUGUACUUUCUACUGUACAGAAUUAGAGUGGCAGAUUUCUAAUUUUCCAAUGUACAUUAGAUAUUAGAAUAGUUAUCUGUCCCAUGAUAACAGAUGUAUGACAGGCCCUGUCAAACAAACAAAAGUAAACAUUCAGCGUUGCUCACCAAAACGCAUUGUGCAUUCUUGAGGUCUAAUAGACCAACAAGUGCAUUUCCUUACCAUAAAAAAAAAUUGCAAAUUCCAGCAUUGUUCACACCUACAAGGCUUGCUAGCUUGAAGUCUUCUUCUUCUGUAAUUUACUGGCGCAUUGCAGCAUGUCUUGGUGUGUUACCGCCACCUGUUGAUCAGUAGAACCUGUGUGCCACUAUUGGUAGGAUUGUGUGCAUCCCAAAA